CUGCGCUGUUCAUUUUAGAGGCGGCGUUUUAUGGUGUAUUGCUUCAUUUGGGUCUCCUCGGUUGUAUUAUUGAGACUGGCGCCGUGAGCCGCUCGCUCUGCAACUGCAGCUCAUUCAUCUGGCGUUCCGUGUGUUUACGUAGAGGAUGGGGAUCCAGUGCUUCACUCGUGUGUAAUUCCUCUCACAAGGUCACCAGCGAUUCCCAGACCAGCGCGGCAACUUUCUAAAGCACUGUCACCGUGAGUGCUUCACUGCGGGACCCGAGCAUUUGAGCCAAAUCGUGUGAGUUGUGUAGGUGUUGUGGAGCCGUCUUUUUGCCGGAAAGAGCACCCCGUUAUUAAUAUUGCGGAAUCGAGGCUGGUCCGGGCUAUAUUCUGCACUUGCACUGGUUUCGAGUUGCUGUGAAUUUCAGGACCCAUUUAUAGAUUCAAGAUGGCGUACGUCUACUCCAACGCCCUCAACGUCAGCAUCGCCUUGAUCGUCUUCGGUCUGAUCCAGAUCGGUAUGUUCGUCAGCUGUCUGUUUGGCUGCUUUGCGCAUUUCCCCAUGGACUUCGCGUCGCCGGCUUGGAGCGGUGGUCUCUCAGUGUUCGCUGGGCUGUUUGGGAUAUGCAUGAUCUGUUCCUACAAGGAGAUCAAGUGGGGCAAAAUUUUCUUCUUUCUGAGCAUCGUCUCCAUGGUAACCAGCCUAGCCUGUAUCGCCAUCACCGCCGGCCACACCAUGGUGAAGGAGUACGCGCUGGCCGACGAAAAGGCCAGGGAAGGCUACCAGCCUGGGUCACGUGGUCCCUUCGUGGCCACGGGAUUGGCUAUCAACGGGGCCGUGCUGGUGUUCGGGCUCAUCCUGAUAAUCUGCGCGUGCUACGCUACCUGGCUCAACUGCUGCUGUGACAACCGGCCAUCCAAGGGUUACGUCAUGACACUGGACACGGUGGAAAACACCCAUUACGUCACUGUGCAGGCACAGCCACCAGCCCAGUAGAAACCUCACCACGCAUGCUUGAUGACCCAUGGAACUGCGUCUGAUGGAACACGCAUGCCCGAUCAUCAAAUUAAAUUUCUUGGACCUUUUGGCCCCCUCGUUUUGGGCCUCCUGAAAUCACAUCUACUACGGUGCCUUAAAUGCAGUGGCUGUAAUGGUUGCAUUUUUUCAACUUUGAUCAAAAACAUUUAGUUCUAAUUUGAUUUGAACAUGAAUUAAAUUGCUGCAAACUGCUUACUGAUUGGAUUGACCUGAAAUAUACACAUCAAAACACUUAGCUGGCCUGAUGUGUUUGUCUCAACAAUAGUGGGGCAGAUAGGGGAAAUGUUAAAGGGAAUUGUGAAUUUGAUGAUACAAGCGUCAAAUUUGGCACACAGGCAGAGUAUGUCACGAGAAAGUUAAAAUUGGCAAUAGGGCCAUCGCAGAUUGGCUCUUUGAAAAUAGUAUUACGUAGAAUAACAAGCAAUGUUAACAAAUAUGGCUGCCAUGGCUUGUUAGUGUAGCUAUAGUUUUCAAAGGAAAAAUUCUGCGAUGGCCCUACAGGCAAAUAUCUUUCUCAUGACAUGCUCUGACUGUGCCAAAUUCCAUGCUCGUAUCAUCAAAGGCACAAUUUGUGCACCUAUCUGCCGUACUAAAAUUAUUUCCUUCUUCGGAGGCAGAUGACAGUGGUACAAGAAACAAACAUGCACGGGUGUAAGGACAAGCACAAUGAUUGAUGUAUUGGUAACUAAGAUUUGUAAAGUAUGAACUAGUUUCAAUAAUAUUAAACUAUGCGCUGCACAGCGCUCAGGGAGCAACUGAGAGAAACAAAUUGCUUGGAUGGGAUGUACAUGUCAUUUGAAACUAAUACCUACAUAAUUGUUCGAUUUGUUUUGGUUCGCUAGUUAUGUUUUAUAGCAACAUGUUUUUGCUAUAACGCUACGCUCAUUGCUGCACAUUAAUGUGGAUUUUUGGUUACUGGUUUCAAAAGUAGACAUAGAAACUUUCAAGCGAAUAGAAAUCUGUAAAAUAUUUUAGUGGGUUUUUUUUGUAAGUGUGUACAUAUAGCAGUGAAACAAUUGGGCCUUAAUUUGUGACACGAAGUCUCAACAUUAUUUCCCUUGUUGUUCAUGUUGGUGCAAGCUAUUUGCGCCGAUAUUGUUCAAAUUUUAAUGUAUAUUGUUGAGUAACGGGGCAGUAAUACAAACCAUGCCAAGAAAGCUUGCGCACGUGCAAUGUUUUUUUUAUCUACUCCGUGCAUUUAUGCAUUAACUCAAUACGUAUACAUUACUCAAAACAUUAUGUAAAUGGUUUCAUUCUUGGUAGAACGGGUACAUAAUUAUACCCCAACAGACUUAUUUAUAUGGACUGCUGAUAUUUUCGCCAAAAAUCGCCCAAGUAAUGGACGUAGUUUAAGCAAAACUACAAAUAAUUUGGCUUCUUUUUUAAAACUUCUGUGGCUCGGCCUAGGCUAUUAGUAGUGCAUGUCCGUCUUUUUACACUUUUAAACUAUUUUUUUUUUUGUAUUCAAGUAAAUCUUCUUUUUUUUUCAGUGGAAGUAUUUUGGAUCAUUGUUACGAGAAACAUUGAAAUAAAAACACUCGAUUUUUAAAUUUCAAAUUCAAAUCUCAGUCUUGAUGCUGUUCUGCUUACCCUGACAUCAAUUUUGUUACGAACCAAAUUUGAACUCAAAUUGGACUAAAUUUGGACCUCAUUUGGACUUAAACUUCCCAGCAAAAAUACACACUGGUAAGCAAUCAACGCGGCAUAGUGAAACACAUGGAAGACACAUUUGAAAAUCCCACUUGUUUUAGCCUUAAUUCUCUACAUUCAAAUUUGCUUUAUAUGAGGGCGCUCUUACCGUCCAGUUGAAUAUACAUGUACAUCUAACGUAGUGGAAAGAUAAGGCUCCAUUACAGGGUGUUAAAAAA